UUAAUAUAUAUAUUGUCUUGACAUCAGCAUUACAACCACAUUUAAAGAUGAAUCAACAUAAUGUUCAUCUACUUAAUCUUUCAAAUGAAAUAUUAUUCAUCAUUUUGAAAAAACUUGAGAAUGUUCAUGUUCUUUAUUCUUUAAUGGGUAUCAACAAUCAACGACUUGAAAUUAUAGCACAAGAACAAAUCUUCACUAACAUCCUUCACUUUACUUCCGCAUCACGAUCAACUGAUGAGAUUUAUUCAAUUUUUUCAACAAUACUUAAUCAAUUUUGUAUCGAUAUAUUACCUAGAAUUCAUAAAAAUGUUAAAUCGCUCAUUGUUGAAUAUUUUUCUAUGGAAUGUAUUUUUGGCGCUAGUAUCUAUUCUAAUCUUACUCAACUCCAAAUUUUUAAUUUCAACAAAGGAAUGGUUUCACGUUAUUUCAUUGAUGAUUCUUACUUUGAACAUAUUUAUAAACAACAAAUUACAGAUCUUAUUCGUGUCAGUAAUGAUAAAAAUGUUGAAAUAUCGCAAGAAGAGGAUACCAAGGAUGUGUAUGCAAUUAUUUUUACUUUCUUUGAAAAUCUAAAGCAUUUGAGUAUUGUUUCAGCAUCUACUGAUGACUAUCCACCUUUGUCGUUAUAUAUUUCAUCACUGACUUUUUCCUCUUCGACACUUACCAAAUUAUCUAUCAAUGUUGAUGAUUUUGAUGAUUGUCUUGCUUUACUUGAUGGUCGUUUCAAACAAUUAAGUACAUUCAUCAUUCAAAUUAAUCUUAUCUACCAUCGGAUAUUAGGAUCUUACAACAUGGCUUCACUAGCUAAUUUAAAAUGUUUCUCAUUAAUAUGUUAUAAUAGUACGCGAGGAUAUGACAAUUUAAUUCUAACACUUCGUCGAAUGUCAUAUGCUGAAGAAUUAAGUUUAUAUAUUCAUAUAUUCAGUGGAUCAACAUUCAUCUCUGGUAUUCAUCUUAAUAAUAAAAUUCUUAGUCAAAUGCCACGACUUCAUACAUUCUCAUUUUAUUUCGCUUCUGAAAAUGCUGUUGCUGAUUCAGAUAUUCGUAUAUCUAAUUCAGAUAUGGAACAAACUUUUACCAAUACAAAACAUCGACAGAUAGGUUCUUUGAUAGAUUAUGAUACUUGUAGGAAAUUGAUUUGUCGUGUCUUUUCACUUCCAUAUAAAUUUGAUCGUCUGACAAAUAUCACAAAUAAUAUUCCAAAUAUUGUAUUCAAUUCUGUUACUCAUUUGAAAUUACGCGAUAAAUAUCCAUUCAAACACGAAUUUUUCAUUCGACUUGCUCGUGGUUUUUGCAUUUCUUAG